UGCGUAAUCCCACUUUAUUUUGUAAAGCGGGGAUAUAACAAGUGUUGAAACACUUUUUUGGCCACGUUUCACUGUCAUAAUUUCUAAAAAUAAUACAAGACGUAACUAUUGCAAGAUACGCCCGUCCUUAUUUUAGGACACCAAGUUUACUUUAUGUAUAUCACCACACGUGUUAUAUAUGUCACAAUUUCAUUCUAAAAAACAAAAUAAGAAGCAACCAUGCAUGUGUUUAAAAUUAAUCACAAAAAUACCAGAUGAAAAGGAAUGUGAUAGCUUUACAGUGAUUGGUAAGGUAAUAACUCCAUUCAUAGGUUUAUCAUAGGUAUAUGCGUCUAUAUAUUCACAAGCACGUAUCUAGUCCUAUAAAAGGUUAUACAAUAUGUAAUAUAAGACUGGCCUGAAUCGGUAUGCAAAUAAACGCUUACGAGACACACUUACGUUAAAUAUAAGGUUGAUCAAAAUAAGUACAGGAAUAUAAUCAUUUUAACUUCACUCUGGUCAGCUAUGGACAUACAGACAGUGUUGGUGUUUAUUUCCGUGUUUCUCUUCGGACUUAUCUUGUUACGGAGACCACGAAAUCUCCCACCGGGUCCGCUAGUGCUGCCCUUCAUCGGAAGUAUCUUAUUUUUCUUGGGCAUCCAGCGUAAACGCAAACGACUUGCGCGGGUCCUGAAUGAACAACGUGAAAAAUAUGGAGACAUCAUCUAUGCGGAAAUUGAUGGAAUUCCGAAUGUCUUCCUGCAGGGAUAUGACGUCAUCAAUGAAGCGUUUGUGAAGCAGGGUGACGUCAUCAGUGACCGUCCCAGCUGGCUCAAAUUUGUAAAAGAAGUCACAAAGGAGGGUAAAGGUGUGAUAUGGCAGAGUGGGCACGACUGGAGGCUUACACGGCGGUUCACCAUUCAGACGUUACGUGAUUUCGGCGUAGGGAAGACGUCUCUCGAAGAGAAGAUAUUCUGCGAGAUAGAUGCCGCCACCGAUUAUUUAAAGGCAAUAGGCACCAAGCCCUUUAACCCGCGACAACUUACUUCCAUGAUGAUCACAAAUAUCAUUUAUGGAAUUGUCUUUGGAAAAAGGUUUGAUUUCGACGAAGCCGAUUUGCACAGCAUGAUAGAAAAGUUGGACCUUCUGUUCCGUCGGGGCGGAGUUGGAUCAGCCGAAGGUGGAUUUCCGGAGUGGCUGCUCAAAAUCGUUAAUAAAAAGGAGUUCGAUCAACGCCAGAUGUUGCUCCAUGCGAGGCGGUGGGUGCAAAAGCACAUUUACCAACAAAUCUCGGAUCACGAGUCCUCCUUCGAUGGCCAGCAUGUUCGAGACUUUGUCGACCUAUACCUAAAGGCGAAGACUGAGGAAAAGUCGGACAGUGGCAUGAACACAGCGGGGAACACGUAUCGUGUGAUAAUGGACCUGUUCGUGGCUGGGUCAGAGACGACAUCCAAUACGGUGAACUGGACUCUGCUUUACCUCCAGGAGUACCCGGAUUUGCAGAACAAGUGUCGAGAAGAGAUACAACAGGCGUGUGGCGGACGGAACGUACGCUGGACGGAUAGGGGGACUCUACCAUAUACGGAGGCCUUUCUGCUUGAAGUACAGAGAAUAUCGAAUAUUGCGGAGUUUUCGUUGCCUCACACGAACCAAGUUCCGGUGACGCUCGGUGGCUACAAUAUCCCGGCUCAUUCCCUGAUACGAGCCAACUUGUACUCCGCCAACAUGGACCAAAAGUACUGGUCGGACCCGCACAUAUUUAACCCAGACCGGUUCCUCAAGAACGGCAAGACUUUCGGUCAUCCAGCCUUUAUGCCGUUCUCAACAGGUCCCCGUAUAUGUGCUGGCGAAUCUUUGGCCAAGAUGGAGAUGUUUCUGAUCACGACGAAUUUGGUUAAGCGGUUUACGUUUGCACGAGGCGAUCCGAGCACCAAGCACAAUUUCGAUCCCAUCUUUGAACAACUUACGUGUGCCCCCGAGUCUUACACCACUCGAGCCACGCCCAUAUGAGAACUUAAGUGUGUAUUUUGUUUACAAAUUGUGUUUAUUUCACUUUGGUUGUCAUCGUUUUGUUAUCGACUCUAAUUAAUCUUCAUUUUGCUCAUGGUAGGAGACUUUGAUGAUUACAAUACACUACUUUUAAUUGCAUCGAGAAUAUCAACAAUUUGUAUGUCAGCAGUUGUGUUGUUUUUUUUAAUAUCAUAAUUUAAAGACCUAUGCAUUGUUAAACAUGCAUAUUUUUUAUAAGGCGAAAUUGAUGUCUUUGUUUGCAAUUUGAAUGUUACGGUAGUGGCUAAGCCUAAUCUGCAUUAUCAGCAUGACUUGUUUGUCGUCUUAGUAGCGGCAAGUGUUUCGGUUUUUAAACAUUAGUUGACGCUCAACAUUCAAUAACGAAGUAAUUGUUUGUAAGGAAUGUAUUUGUUUCCACAAAA